GCAGAGGAAAACCAGAGACGGACAUUGAGACCGAGAAAAUUACUCGGCCGGCAUUCUGUCGCAUCGCGUUCUCAUGUGAAAAUCGUCGCAGCUCGUUCCGUGCUUUUCGCAACUCGAGCGGGAAAAACAAAAAUAUUCCUACCGUCAACAAAAUAAAUUAAUUGAAAUUGAUUUCAAAGAUUUCAACAAAUAGUUCUAGAAGAACUAGAACUCAAGGAAAUAUUUUUUGUUCAAACAUAUUUCAAGUGCAACCAUUGUGAAAUCAAUCUGAAGUGUGUGUGUGUGUCAUACGACUAACAACUAUUAUUAAAAGGAAAUAAAUACGCAGAAAGAGAGAGAGAGAUAGUACCAGGCAGAGGGAGAAAGAACGAGAGGUCCGGAGAUCUCUCGAGAAUCUCUGUCCAGCGGCGCCAAAGUUACGGAUCCAAUUUCAAACAGUUUAAUUUAUUUUUAAUUUUUCUACAAAACAACCAACCCAAGAAAGAAAAAUACGAAACAGCAAAAACCCAAAGCAAAAAACGAUCUCAUUUCUAAGCAGCAACCAAUUCUGAGAAUAAGAAAAGGUAUUCAACAAAAGGCUGAGAGAAAAAGAAGAGUUAUUCAUCGGAAUAAAGGAUAAUUCAAUUGAUUUGGCGAAUAAUAAUUUAUUUGUUUUGAUUUACAUAUAGAAACUAUUCUAAAUUCUUCAUGAAACAAUAUUUCGAAAAAAACGUUAAGCUUUUGUCUCGGCUAAUUCGAUUUACCGUUUGAUUCGGCACAUAGUAAUAUGAUUGUUUUACCUUAAAACAAAUAGAAAUUCUUAAAUGCCAGUGAAAAUUUCCAUUGCAAAAAUUCUUUAAAAUACACGGAAGCCCUUUGUACCGGUCGAUUCCACUUACAAAAUUUCUAUAGCGUCACAAAAAACUUAUUAUACAAAAUUAAUUGAACUGAAAGAAAGCGCAAACUAUACAACUAUACAAUGCCUUUUCUUAUUCCUUAUCAUCAUGAUCAUCAAUAAAAAAUAAUGGAAACUAAAUAGAAAACAUACAAAAAUAGACGCAAACAAAGUGCAUUCCCUGACCACACGAAAACAAGCCAGCUCAUUAUCAGUCACUAUCAAAAUCGCUUCCCUAACCGAACACUGAACACUGAUUCAUUGCCGACAUUUUUAACCCACUAUCACCUCUGCAUUAGCAACAACGAAUUGGCUAUCAAUUGGCUGACAAAAAAAAGGAAAAAAAAAACCUGUAACAAAAAAAGGUGCUCAACACUAAUCUGGGUUUUUCAAAACGAAAGCACAAUAUUUUCAGAUAACACAGACAAAAGUUUAUGCUAUAAAGAAUACUAAAGUGAACCAAGUGUAAAGACAAUGCGCACAACUUUCGGCCGUGGCCCAAAGUUUAUCCUGCUGACCAGCAAAUUCAACCACGUUCAGCACAAGGAGGUGAUCACUUAGGCUCUGCAAAACAUUUAAUAAUCGAAACCAGUGAAGGAUUUACCAGUGAGGAUCGGACCCAGUUAUAGAACCAGUGAUCAUGUCGUCGGAUACGAAUUCGUGUACCAGUUUCUUCGCCCAGGAGCAUGCCAAUGCCACGCUGUCGCAGUAUUUCCAGCAACUUAACUCUCAAGUUGCUGCUGCAGCGGCGGUAAGCGGCGGCAGCAACACCAACAACAAUAGCAGCGGCAACAACAGCAGCAGCGGCAACAGCGACAGUGGCAACGAUGGCAGCAUGACAGGAUCCUCGGGAACCAUGGACAACCAUCGCAGCAGUGUUAGCAGCAAUGAUUCGGGAAAGAGUAGUGCAGGCGGAGGCGGAGGGGCAGGGCAGGCCGCGAGCAACAACAAUGUGAAUGCCUGGGCAUUGCAGCAGCAACAGCAGACAGCCGCCUUGCACCACCAGACACAGCAGCAGCAGCAACAUCAGCAGCAGCAGCACCAGCAGCACAUGCAGCAGCAGCAUCAGGCACACCAGCAGCAUGUUGCCGCCGUCCUGCAGCAGCAGCAACAACAGCAACAGCAGCACUCUCAGCAUCACGCCCAGCAGCAACAUCAUGGCCAUACGCUGCACCCGCAUCAUACACACCAGCAGCAGCAACAACAGCAGCAGCAGCAACACCACCAGCAGCAGCAACAGCAACAGCAGCACCACCAGCAACAGCAACAUGCCGCCCAGCUGGCCCACACACUUUCUUCGGCCGCCGCUGCUGCUGCUGCCGGCAACAACAACGGUAACACCAACACCCACUCCAUUUUCGGCACCGGCAACUUCCACUACAAGACCAACAACUCGUGGACUCUGCCCACGCUGACGUACCAGCGGAUUUACCAGGAGAAUCCCCACUACCAGCGCAACUCCUUCAUGGAUCCCCAGAGCAAUGCCGCUGCAGCUGCAGCAGCUGCUGCUGCUGGUUGCAAUGCGGCUGCCGCUGCGGCGGCCGCUGCAGUUGCAUGUGGCAAUCAGGGAUCCAAUGGGAAUCCCAGUGGAAACAAUAAUACCGCUGUGGCGGGAACUGGUAAUGCAAAUGGUGGAAACGGAAAUCCCGCCCAGAAUAAUAACAACAACAACAACAGCAAUAAUAACAACAACAGUAACAGUAACAACAAUGCAUCCUCCGUGCAACAUGUGGCAAAUGCCGUCGCAGCAGCCGUGAUCGCCAACGAGCAUCACAACCAUUUGAACAGCUUAAAGGCGCGGUUUCAGCCAGCCAGCUCAGGCAGGAAAUCUCCAUUUUUGGGUUUCAUUUGCAAAGCAAACGGCAAAUCCACAUCGAAUAGCAAAGAAAUCAUCUGCCCAGAUGACAAAUACAAGGAGGAGGGCGACAUCUGGAAUGUCGAGGCGCAAACGGCGUUUCUGGGCCCAAAUCUGUGGGACAAGACCCUGCCCUAUGAUGCCGACCUCAAGGUAACACAAUAUGCCGACCUAGACGAGUUCCUGUCGGAGAACAACAUACCUGAUGGCCUGCCCGGCACGCAUCUGGGUCACUCGAGUGGUCUGGGUCACCGGUCCGAUUCCCUGGGCCACGCAGCGGGUCUGUCGCUGGGCCUGGGCCACAUAACCACAAAGCGGGAGCGGUCGCCCUCGCCAUCCGACUGCAUCAGUCCGGACACGCUUAAUCCGCCAUCGCCGGCCGAGUCAACAUUUUCGUUCGCCUCCUCGGGCCGUGACUUUGAUCCGCGAACUCGAGCCUUCUCCGACGAGGAGCUCAAGCCGCAGCCGAUGAUCAAAAAGUCACGCAAGCAAUUCGUUCCAGAUGAGCUCAAGGACGACAAGUACUGGGCGCGUCGCCGGAAGAACAACAUUGCCGCCAAGCGAUCCCGCGAUGCCCGGCGCCAAAAGGAGAACCAGAUUGCGAUGCGGGCACGCUACUUGGAAAAGGAAAAUGCAACAUUACAUCAGGAGGUGGAACAGUUGAAACAGGAGAACAUGGACUUGCGUGCACGUCUAUCGAAAUUCCAAGAUGUGUAAUGAUAAAUACAAUUUUGUGACUUGGCCUGAGGACACCACAACAAUUAAAUAAUAAUAACUAUUGAUAAAAUAACAAUAAUCAUAACUAUGAUAAAACUACUAAUAAUGUUUAGUACAGCAGACAUGAAACUUACACUAAAAGUACAUAUUGUAUCUAAAAAUAUGUAUAUGCAAAAAUAUAAUUAGUAAGCAAACACACACACAUAAAAAACAACACAUACACAAACCCCUCACGGCGUCGUGCUCCGCUUAAAUAUUUAUUUUAUGCUAAAAACUAAAAGCAAAUUAACUAAACACAAAGGAGGAGAAACGAAACGAAACCGAAUGGAAACUAAACAUUUUUUAGAGUAGCCAAAAAAGAAAGUCUCACGAGAGCAGAGCGUUGAAAAGCUCUGCGGCCGAAGCUUUUUGCCUUUAAAGUAGCAUACUUCCGAGCGCAAUGGGAAUCCUAUCCUAAAAAAAACACAGACCUAGAAAUGUUAUCUUUUAAAUUGUUUAAUAGUUGUCUAGCCUAGUUUUACGAAAACACCCCCUCUUCUUCUGCUACUUUUCCCCCACUAUUUUAAUUUCUAUUAAAAUUAUUUUUUGUAAUUAGUUCUUCGGUUAAGUUUUGCUUUAGCUAUUAGUGAAAGGAAAACCACACACACAAAACAAAUCAUAUUGUAAAUAAUUUCGUUGCCUUUUUUCAAAUUAACGCAAGAGAAGAAUUACCAUAAAAAGCAUAAGAAAACUUGUAUAAAAAAUUGCAAAAUGAAAACCCACAAAAAAAAGAGAAAAUUAAAGAAACGCUAAGAGAAAACCAUUUAGAAUGAGCAAAGAACUUCCCUCCUCAGUUGCCGGGCACUUGGCAGCUGGUUAGUUUAAGUGAGCUAUGAUUUUUAUAUAAACCUAACGAAAAAAAAUUAAAAAACCCAAAAAAAAUUUAAAAGCAGACGGACAGAGACAGACGUUGGACAGACGUAAAUGCAAAACUAGAAGUGACUUAGUUUUCGUUGUUGAUUUGUUGAUACUAAAAUAACCAACCCAAAACUAACCCAGACAUAGUCAGCUGGUUAAAGCGAGAGAACCACAUACUUUUCUUACUACCUACUAACAAGAAUACACAGACCAUCCCCCGGAAAACCCCUUCAUGCCACGCUAUCCCCCCACAUAUUUUCACAUUUUUUUCUUUUAGUUGUAACACUAUUAUUCGUAUAUCUUUUAUUACAAGAAAAACUAUUUCUUUUGGUGUGAUUUGCAAGAUCUUAAACAAACAAUUAAAAAAAAAACAAAACAUUUUUACAUAAUACCGUACAAUUAUGUUACUUUAAACAACAACUAUUUUCGUUAGUUAAGUUUAUUAAUUAUUAUUAUUUGUUAUACAUCUGAGUUACAUUUACCUGCAUACAAUUAUCUAGCGACUUAAGAAAAUAUAUGAAACUACAGAAAAAUUACCGACCGAGAGCAAAAUUAAUAUUUUUUAUAUUCAGCAAUCAAAAUCGAAGCUAUAACGAGCGUUAAUUAAGUUCAUUAAGCACUUCUUCUUAACAAAUUUCGAUAAGUUUUAUUUAUUCUAUGGAAAAAUGUGCAAAACCAAAAAAAAAAACAGAAAGAAACCACAAAAGCAAAGAUCGAAAAAGGAGAAUGAGCGUAACGAAAAAGUAAGAAAGCAAACAACAAAAAAUUGUGUGUAAUAAUAAAAGUCUAAGCGUUGCUUUUAACUAUUGAAAACUCGUUUAUUUUCUAUCUAUCCACCCACACCACCCCUCGGCUGCCCCUCCCUUCGCCACAUAGCUCAUUGUUAGUAAAUAUCUAAUAAUAAAAACCAUACAAGGAUCUCAAAACAGAGUUAAAGAAAUAAACCUACAGCCGUAACCGUAACCGCAACCGAAAUCGAAACUAACCCUAACGAUAGAAGCAAGAACUACACAAAUUAUAUAGUAAUCUACUUAGCAUUAUAUAGCAAUAUAGAUAUUUAGCCACCUCCCAGUUUUUUUUUGUUCCCCCAACAGGACCCCCCAAAAACGAAUCUAACCUAAAAGCCUUUUGCACUGCUAUGAGACCACCUAGAGAAAACAACCACAAAAUAACGUUAAAGAUGAAGAACGAACCCCACAACUAACCCAAGAAAAAGUCUAUGAAAAAUGUUGGGUGUCAUUUUGCAAAAUGAAAAUUUUUGAGCUUCGGUUGUUGAAUGAAUUCACACAAGUAUAUACGAUAAACUUAACAUUUAUGGAUAACUCAAAAUAGCGGACUAUACGACUAAGCAGAUUCAAGCAAUUGCUACAUAUUUGUACGAAAAACCAGAAUAAAAACCAAAAUCAUGUUAUAUUUAUAUAAAAAUAUUUAUACCUAAGUAAUAUAAAAUUGCGCGUAGAGGUGAAAACAAAUUAAGGCAACAUUUUGCUUAUUUACUUGACCUGGGCAUUAGUUGAACGAGCAGUAGACCUCCCCUCACACACCUUUAGUUAAGCGUAGUUUUGUAUAUUUUUAACAACUAUUGUUUUCCGUAGUUUGUAGUUGAAUUUUUGUAGACAAUUUUUGGUUUAUGUAGAGAAUUGUUAAAUAAAAAACGGAUAAAAAAUUUUCAACUGAA